GAUAAUAGAAUGUUCCAGGAUGCCGCAUCUUCACGUGACUGGUCACAAGGUGACAAAAUGGCGCGGAUUGCGGACGAUGUUUUGCAUGUUCUUGUUAUAUUUUCCGUGAUUUUGACGGCGUCAUGCUUUUCUCCGCCGAUCAAAAGAUUGUGGUCGUUAGGGGAAGACCCAGAGGUUCAUAUGAAUGCGACUCAGUUGAUCACUAGCAAAGGAUAUCCAUGUGAAGAUUAUACAGUGAAAACCGACGAUGGCUUCUUGCUGGGAGUGCAGCGCAUUCCGUACGGCCGUAACGCUACCUCACACAAAGACCAACGCCCCGCCAUUUUCCUACAACACGGACUGCUGUCUGCCUCCACUGAUUGGAUCCUGAAUUUGGCCAAUGAGAGCCUUGCAUUCAUCCUGGCGGAUGCCGGGUUCGACGUGUGGUUGGGGAACAUGCGAGGAAACACGUACUCCCGCAAACAUGUCAAGUACACCCCAGAUGAUGAUGAGUUCUGGGACUUCAGCUGGGAUGAGAUGGCCAAGUAUGACCUGCCCGCCAUGGUGACCUUUGCCCUCAACACAACAGGUCAGAGUUCACUCUACUACGUGGGUCACUCCCAAGGGACGGCCAUCGCCUUCGCACACCUGUCACAAGACCUGGAGUUUGCCAAAAAGGUGAAGACGUUCUUUGCACUGGCUCCAGUGGUGACCCUGGGUCACAUCACCAGUCCUAUCAAGUACCUAGCACAGUUCGAUGACAUCAUCUCGGCGAUGUUCCAUAUCUUUGGAGUGGAUGAGUUCCUGCCCAACAGCUGGUGGCUGGACUGGCUGGCCUCCUUCCUGUGUGACAAGUCUACAGAGAAGUACUGUGAGAACAUGCUCUUCCUACUAGUGGGAUUCGAUCCUGUUCAACUAAACGAGACACGACUUCCAGUGUACUUCUCUCACACCCCGGCAGGGACCUCAACAAAGAACAUGGUUCAUUUUGCUCAGAUGGUGAACUCCAACAAGUUCCAGGCUUAUGACUAUGGAAACCCAGAUGAGAACAAGCAGCAUUACAAUCAGCCCACUGCCCCCGUCUAUCCCAUAGAGAACAUGACCACGCCCGUGGCUCUGUUCUGGGGUGGAAACGACUGGCUAGCCGACCCUACGGACGUCCAGGCCGCCAUCCCGCAGCUCAGGAAUGUCAUCUACAACUCCGAGAUCAAGAAUUUCGACCACAUGGACUUCAUCUGGGGGAAGGAUGCCACUAAGCUGUACGACCAGAUUAUAAAGAUUAUCCGUAAAGCUGAACUGGUGUCGUUUUAUCACUCUGUAUUUGAGCCCGGGCCUGUGGUUAUCCAGCAUUGAUCAGUGUGAAGAGUCUGUACGUGAUGUGCUGAAGAUGCAUUUAUUUAUCUAUUGAGCUUUCUGUAGUUUUUAAUGUCUGUAAGGCCUAGAAAAAAAUGUUGUGUUGUCUUGUUACCAGACCGACACUAGCAAAUCUUGCUGACCCUAGCCAUUUUGUGGGUCGACUGGCAACUGACAUAAAUUUUUAACCUGACAUUUUGAGUGAUAAAAUUCAAAAUAUACUUCCUGUACUUCACAACCUAAAUAAGACUGUUCAGCUGUAAACAUUGUACUUCUUUGUUCAAUGUUUUGAUAUACUGAUUCAUGUACAAAAUAUCUGUACUAUAACUGCAACGUUAAUGUUGUGUCAGUGUGCUGUAAACUGUAACUUUUUCUAUGAAAGCUCAUCUGUGAUGAAGUACAAUCUAUGAUGAAGUUUUUGUACUUCAGUUCAACGCAAUGCAAAAUGGCUCACCUUGAAUUUUUUAUGCUCUUAUGUUGGUCUUUAGAAACACAACAUUCAUUUUUGUAAACCUUAAUGUUUUUUUAAAGAAUAUAAAGAUAUAUAUAUAAAGAAUAUGGAAUAUUUUUGUAUAGAAUAUUAGUAGAGUACUUUAGCUUACUGUUGAACUCUGUGAAAAGUAAAUGCAAUUACAAUGUCACGCACAAUUGUUCUGCAGUACAGUAUACAUUUUAGAUUACAUUGUAACAUAUUUAUCUACCGUUGAAAGGCUAGUUGUAAAAGAAGUAACUUGUUGUAUAUGUCGGUUUUGAAUUUCAUGCUGCUAUAGAGAUCUAUGUAUGGAGCUGGUUAUCGAAGUUUCAGUGUUCAUUUACAAGAUUUUUGAGAAAAAAUGAUUGAUUUAUUGUCAUUUGAUUGCAAGUAUGGAAUGAAAUACUAGUAGAUGAUGUUUUGUGCUGAAUUUUGCACACAAAAAAGCCAUGUUAUGUCUUGCAUAUCAAGUAUUUUAGCUCUUCCUUUUGGAAACUUUUGUCUGGCUUUAUACCAUGACAUAUACUUUAUAUCAUAUUUAAGACACAAAAACUAAGCUUACUCUUUUUCUGCACAAAGCAUGCACCUUUACAGUGUUUAUCUUUGUAUUCUUUGCAUUAAAAUGUACAAUUAAUUUUAGCUUGUAAGGAAAGAACUUGGCACUCUGGGAACUUUGUCUGCAGUGAAAGCCAUAAAAAUGGAAUGUUAUUGAAGUUGAACAAUAUAUAUAUAAAGGUGUGAUCUCACAUCUACUAUAGCUGUUUCAACAUUAUUUAGAUACUGCUAAAUUCUUUUAGCAAAGGCAACCUAGCAGAAUUGUAUGAUGUGAAUGUUUGUAAUUGUAUUAGACUGAUAAGUCAUAUCUAACAUUGUCAGUCUAUUAGGUAGUUUCUUGCCAUUAAUACAGUAAGAUAAAAUACCACCACAUACUGGGGUACAGUUUAGAAAAAAAGGCUAUAUUGUUUCAAAGUAGUGCAGUAUUUAUCAGAAGGCUACCUCUCAGGAAUGUUACACAAAUUUAAAUCAUGUCUGACUUGAGUAAUGUUUCCAGAGAAGUUCGAACAAGAUUGAUUGAAUUUUUUGCUUAAUGUGUGUAAAAAAAGGAGGAAGCUGGUGUAUUAUGCCACUAGCUGUGGUGAGUUUCAGGUUUGGAGUGUUUGAAGACAUUACAGCAAUAGC